AUGGAGGAAUUAUUGGCUCUUUAAUAACAAUUAGCAGAGAUCUAGGAAACAUCAACAAAGUAUAGAUUAUCUGAUAGAAUCAUAAUUGAUUUGAUUGAAAAACUAGUUAAAGAAUAUGAUUUAAAGGUUUAUCAUUCAACAGAUGGUCAAAGUUUGGUUACUCCAAAUUAGUUGUCAAAAGAGAUUCAUCAAUUAAUAUUAUCAAAUAAGAGAGUAGCAGUAAAUCAAUUACCUGAAAUAUUGGGUAUAGGAUUUGAUAAAAUUGAAGGAUAAAUAGAAAAGGAUAGCAAUGGUUGGGUAUUUUUCAUAUUAAAUAUUGAUAACAGGAUGUUGUCAGAAUGCAAGAUGAAAUGAUGUCUCAUGAUUAUAUUUUAAAUGUUUGUGAAGAGAUUAACGAAGAUCUUUAAUAAAAGUCAAUUAUUUCAUUAUAAGAAAGUAUAAACCAUUUAAAUUUUAUCAUAAGUAAUGUAGAAGUAUGCAUUUCCAAAGUAAUUUAUAACAAAAUAUAUCCUUAAAUAAGUUGGAUCAGUCAUAUAAGGUGUAUGUAAUGAAGACAAAUUAACAACAGUGACUUAUCAAGAGAUAAUUACAGCAAGACUAUGUGGAAUAUUAAGAGCCACUUUAAGUCCUGUAUCAUUCUUAAAAUUGAAUAAAGAUUUAGAAAUUCAAAAUUCUUAAAAGAUUUGUGAAUAAUUGUUGUUAACCAAAUAAAUUGAUGGUAAGAUCAUUUCAGGUUAAUAUAUAAGUUCAAGAUUUCUUUAAAAUUAAGAGGCUCAAGUGAAAUCAUUUUUUGAAUAAAACUCUUAUGUAGAAUAUGAUAAACUUUAUUCACAGUUUUUUAUACAAAAGCCAAAGGAAUAUUUAAAAUAGAUGUUUAAAGAUAAUGUGAUAUUCUUGGAUACAUGUGGUUUUAGCAAAGAUGCUCUUAUAUCCAAAUAAGAUUAAAUAUAAGAAUUACUAAUAAAUGAAGGUCAUACAAAUCUUUAGGAAAUAUUACCUGUCAUUUUAAGUGAUUAAGAUAUUGAAACUUUGUUUUCAUUAAUGUAAUUAAAUAAUUGUGAAUAUGCCAACUUUAUGAUAUUUCAUAAACCAUUUUUAGAUAAUUUAGCAUUGGCAUUUAAGGAUAAAAUAAUAGAAUCAAUUUAUUAGAAUCCUUAGAAAUUGAUUGAAUAACAAUAAAAUUAAGAUGAUACACCUUAAGAUAUAUAAGCAUCAGCAGGAGGAUUUACAAAUAAGAAAAAUAAAAAAUAAUAAUAACCAUAAAAAAAGAAAUAAUAAAAUAAAUAAGAAUUAUUUACAAAUAAAGAAAUAACUGAUUUACUAACUUAAAAAAAAUUAGUUGAAUAUAAUGAUUGUGUAGAUGAAUUAUUUUAGUUUUUAUAGCCAAGAUUGUCUACUUUAUAUGAAUAGAUUAAAAUUGAAUUAUUUGAAAGUAAGAAAUCUGCAUCAAGUUAAGUAAUUUAAGAGAUUUAAAAAAAAAUUGAAGAUAUGGCAUUAGGUUUAUUGAUAACUUAAAGAUCAUUAUAAAAAAUAUAAUAAGAAUGUCAUGAAGUUAAUACAAAAGUAUUAGUGGAUAAUUGUUUAUUUGGAUAUAGAUUACUAGUUGAAAAUUUAGUUGUAAUUACUUGUAAAAAGUAUAAUAUUCAACUUCCAUAAAAUUUAUUUGUUGAUCCUAAUCAUCCUAGUGUAUUAAAUGGUCAAAUUAAUUUUGGAUUAUAAAAGACUGGAAGAGUAUUUUUAAAUAAAGUUGCUUUAGGAGAAGCUAUUGCAUUUUUACCAAAAGAGUAAUAGAAGGCAUUGAAAGACACUAUGGAAUUAUAUACAAAGAAAUCUUUAGAUGUUUUAUCAUAACAUUAAUUUUUUGAUGUUUUCAAUUUAAAAGUGCAUUUAGAUAAAAAAAAUGAUAGAAAUCUACUUUUAUUUAUUAAACAUCAUUGUAAAGAAUAUAUUAAAUAAAGAUAAAAUGAGAUCUUUGAUGAAAAUAUAUUUAAUUAAAUAAUUCUAGCAAUGUCAACAGAUUUAGGUUUAUAUUUUGUAGGAAAUUAUGAUUAAUAAUUUUAUUCUGCUUUAAAAUAAGUUGUUUAUGAAUUAUAAAAUGAAAAAUAGAUUAAAACCUUAUUAAAUAAUAUCAUAAGUAUAUAUAUAUAUAUUAUUUAAUUUAGAUUCACUUAAUUAAUAAUUAGAAAUUACAGCAGAGACUAAAGAAUUAUUAGAAUUACUAAAGCUCUUAUGA